ACCGGGUUGGAAGCGGACGGUGGCCGUACUAGGAGGUUCGUCUGUACUCAGGUUAAAUACUAAGGUUGAAAAACGUAUUCCAGUUCCAAACUUUUUGCUGUGGCUUACAGUGCAGAGCUUUGCUUCUCUCAAUCAGACAAAGAAAAUGGGUGGAACAAAAUGCGAUGGGACAGGCAAGGGAGUCACGUGAAGGCAUCAUCGAGCAGAGUGCCAAUGGGCAAUGGAGAGAGCAGCCAUUAUCUGUCAGUGGACGUGGUUGCAGGCUCAGAUCUCUGACUUGGAGUAUCGCAUAAGGCAGCAAACAGAUAUUUACAAGCAACUACGUGCCAACAAGGGUCCAGUUGUCCUUGGCGGUGAUCAGCAGCCUGAAGAUUUGAUGAAACAGCAGGGCCGAUUAGGUUCCACAUCAGUGGUGAAUUCCAGAAGGAAUAAGGGACUACCACAUUCCUCCUCUUCCAUCCAGAAGGUUCCUUCUGGAGAGAGACCGUGUGAUUUGUCGCCCUGCAUCCCUUCCUACUUCAUGAACAAUGUGGAGAAACAGAGUUCUCGUCUUACGCAGUCUUUAGGAAACCCUAUGUGUCAAAGUCCCUCCUGUACCCCCAUCAGUGGGUCUCCAGGACCCCCAAAAGCCUGCACGUCACCCCACCAAGUCAACGGAAAAAUUAACUGUUUGCACACAAGCCGCUCCAACAACAUUUCUCUGGCCAGUUUGGAAGCUGAAGAAAUUCUCAGACAGAAACGACUGGAUAGCCUGGCUACUGUACCCUCUGUACCAGACAACAGCUGUGUUGCAGCUAGAAUCCGCCCCAUUUGCAGAUACAAGAAACGCAAGCUGGUCCGAGCUAACACUGUCUCUCUCCUUAGCAAGAAGCCGCAGAAACCUCUCACCAUGAAGUGUAGCUGUGAAUGGCCCAGCACUUGUAUCCUGUGUGGUUGUAAAACCUCUAUUCAGGCCAUAGACCCAGACACUAUGUCCUUAGAAGAGCGUAUAGCACUGCUGGAUUCUGGCUUCCAUCCCAUACUGUCGUUCUCUCCUGACAAGCCUCUUCACUUGCACUUUGAAACCUUACUAAGAGAUGACAGGCAGCAUAGAUUGAGCCAUAAACUCAAGGCUCUGAAGAUGUCCCAUUUUGGAAAGAAGCCACAAGAUCUAACCAACGUUUUCCCAAAGCUAGGCCUAUCACCUCUCUCUGCAUCCAGUUCAUUGUUUAAGGUGGAGAGGCAGCUUAAAGGAACAGACAAUCACAGCUUGCUCAUUUCUGGUUCUCAGACACAUAAACAUAGUCCUUUGAUGCACCACCUACCAUCUUUGUAUCUAGAAACUCCUCCAGCCCCAUCUUCCAGCCAGUCCCCUUCCACUGCUAAUUCAACAACGGUAUCCUCAAAGAAAAGAAAAGUGGAAUGUUCCUACGACAUCAAUAACAUUGUGAUCCCAAUGUCGAUGGCAGCAGCCACUCGAGUGGAGAAGCUGCAGUACAAAGAGAUUCUAACACCAAGCUGGAGAGUGGUAGAGCCCAAAGAUGUGGAGCCAUUGGAUCAUAUGGACUUUGAGUUGGAAGACACUUCUGAUGAGACCUAUUUGAACCAUCACACCAAGUAUGAGGAGCUUGAACGAGCCCGAUGGGAUUCGUGGGCAGCAGCUGUUUCCCACAAGCGAGGAAACAGGUCCUCCAACAAAACAGAUGGUCGAUGGACACCUCAGCCAGCAUCUCCAGAUCCUGGAUUUAAUUGCCUUAAUGACUUUCUCUAUAUGCACCCUUCUAUGGGAUCUCACAGCCAUGAGCCUUUUAACAUUCUGCACCCCCUCUCUAUAAAGAACAGGACUAGAGUGCCGCUGUCCUGCACUGAGGACACCAGACUCUCCCCAGAAAUACUAAAUGAAGUAAUACAGAGUGUACAACCUUGGGAACCACGUACAUUUCCUCUUUCAGACACAGCAUACCAAGCUCUUCUGGAACAGCCAACUGAAGAUGGAUGCAAGCAGUCAGGAGACUUUCAACAGUGGGACUCUAGCAACAAGCAGGGUAUCAGGACUAACAGUAUAGACUCUGGCAUAUCUAACUCCAGGGAGCCACGUGUUUCAGAUAUGGACCUGCAAACAGAGGGCAAUAGAAGCUUGGAGGUGUUCACAGACCAGCAAUGCUUCCCAGGAAGGCUGUUCAACAACAGAUGAACACCUGAUUUAUGUGAUGUGUUGUUAGGCACAUAGUUUAUUUCAGAAUCAAAAGCUUGGCUGAUGAGCUGGUUCAGAGGAGCACUGGCAGUGAAUGGUGCUGCCAUGCCUGAGACCUAGGUUCAGCAGCAGAUUUUGGGCUCCCACGUCCCCAGAUUGGGAAGAGUUGGGCACACUGCAGAAAUAAGGUGCUGGACCUCUGAGAGGACAGUGCUGUCCAGAAAAAACAACUGGUUUACUCUGGAGAAAAGGGAUCAAUUGCCCUGCUGGCAAGAAGGUUAGGUGCUGCGACAGUUGCAGCAGCCCAGGAUAAUGCAGAGAGAGAUGGUGGGUUAAAAAACAAAACAAAACAAAAAAAAAUCAAACAAUAAAGAGGAAACUAAAUUGGCUGUUCUAACUUUAAUUGUUCAAUAUUCAAACAUCUCUAUCUUGAAAGGGUGCCCCCUGGCUGCACAUCCAGUCUUCAGUGGCUUUUUGUCUAGUGUGUCAUGGUGGAGCAGGAAUAGGAACAGAUUUCCAAGAGAUCAACUGAUAAACACCUGAAAAGGUAUGGGGAAGUCUAACAGUGCUGCAUGGCUUUUAUUUUUAAAUGCAGCUAUGAAAACAAAUCCUUUCUUGAGAGUAUGUGAAAACCAGGUUCCCUUGGCCUUGCACAAAUGACGUUUGUAUCAAUUGCCUUCAAAUAAACUACAAAU